CUCAGCCCCCGCCUGUCUCCUGCUGUUGCUGCUGCUUGACUAGCUUGCUGCCUCUUGCCUCUCCUUUCUCUCUCUGCUUAGCACCUUGCCUUCUGAUACCACUCCCAGUAUGGAGACCAAUCAGUCUGUACAGCUGUCGGGGGAGCCACAGUCAACACCUGUGGGGGACAGUUCAGUAUUGCCCAGUCAAAAUGGCCUUGAGAAGCAAGAUGAUCAGGAUUCCUCAACCCCACUCCUAGCACCUGAGGAGGAGGCAGAUGUGCAGCCUGAACGGGGAGCCCAUGAUAUCUCUGAAGAACUGAACCGACAACUGGAAGACAUCAUUAACACGUACGGGUCUGCUGUCAGCACGGCAGGGAAAGAGGGUCCCACCACGGCCAAGGAGCAGCCUGAGAACACAGCACCACCUGACAAUGAGGACAGGGCCUGCGAGGAGGCCGCUGAAGAGACGGAGAGAGAACCUCCGGCCUCUGGAGAGCCGCCCACGUCCAAAGAGCCUGUCAGCAAUAAAGAGCAAAAACUGGAGAAGAAAAUUCUAAAAGGAUUAGGCAAAGAAGCCAAUCUGCUAAUGCAAAAUCUGAACAAGUUGCAAACUCCUGAGGAAAAGCUUGAUUUUUUAUUCAAGAAGUAUGCUGAAUUGCUGGAUGAGCAUCGCUCUGAGCAAAGGAAGUUAAAACUCCUACAGAAGAAACAGGCACAGAUCCAAAAAGAAAAGGACCAGUUACAAGGUGAACACAGCAAAGCUAUCCUUGCACGAAGCAAACUGGAGGGUCUGUGCCGGGAGCUGCAGAGACACAACAAGACACUGAAGGAGGAAACCCUUCAGAGGGCACGUGAGGAAGAAGAGAAAAGGAAGGAGAUCACAAGUCAUUUCCAGAGCACACUCACAGAUAUCCAGGCCCAGAUCGAGCAGCAGAGUGAGCGAAAUAUGAAGCUCUGUCAGGAGAACACUGAGCUCGCAGAGAAACUAAAAAGCAUCAUUGAUCAGUAUGAGCUCAGAGAGGAGCACCUGGACAAAAUAUUUAAACACAGAGAACUGCAGCAGAAGCUGGUGGAUGCAAAACUCGAGCAGGCGCAAGAAAUGAUGAAGGAAGCAGAGGAGCAACACAAACGUGAAAAGGAAUAUUUGCUGAACCAGGCAGCAGAGUGGAAACUUCAGGCCAAAGUGCUGAAGGAACAAGAGACAGUCCUGCAGGCUCAGCUUACUGUCUACUCUGAAAGGUUUGAAGAGUUUCAGAGCACACUGGCAAAAAGCAAUGAGGUGUUUGCCACCUUCAAACAGGAAAUGGAGAAAACCACUAAGAAAAUGAAGAAGCUGGAAAAGGACACAGCCACGUGGAAAGCUCGGUUUGAGAACUGUAACAAAGCUCUGUUGGACAUGAUUGAAGAGAAAGCACUGAGAGCUAAAGAAUAUGAGUGCUUCGUGAUGAAAAUUGGAAGGCUAGAGAACCUCUGUCGAGCUUUACAAGAGGAGAGAAACGAACUCUAUAAAAAAAUUAGAGAAACAAAAAUGCCUGAAAAGGAUGACCAAGGUCAGCUCACCUCUGACGACGACGAACCGGAGUCAAAUACCUCCGUGGGUGAAGAGGCAGAUGCGGAGGAAGCCAACAGUGUUCACAAUGCUGUGCAAAAUCUGACCGCGGCCUUCAUGGUCAUUCAUCGUCCAGAGUCAACCCUCGAUGCGUCCAAAGAAAUCCAAACAGAAGUCAGCAGUCCUCAAGGGGGCGGCGGCACGGCCCUCAAGGAGCUGGAACAAUCCCCUCUGAGCCCAGCAUGCCAUUCAGGGAGUCCCCUGCAACCCCCAAGUCCUCAGGCUGAGGCGGAGGGAGGCAACGAGGCAGAACCUCCCCUCAGAUCAGGGUCAGGAGCACAGGCCCAAGGCAAUGGCCCCCCUGCUGCACCACAGGCUGAUCCGCAGCCCCGGAAGCCAGAGGCAGCAUUUUCCAGCCAGGCGCCGGAGCCUCCGGCAGAAGCGUUUCUACGGGAGAUGGAGGCCAACGAGCAGCCCCGGAAGCCAGAGGCAGCAUUUUCCAGCCACGCCCCGGAGCCUCCGGCAGAAGCAUUUCUACCGGUGAUGGAAGCCAACGGGCAGACCCGGAAGCCAGAGGCAGCAGCUUCCGGCCAGGCCCCGGAGCCUCCAGCAGAGGCUUUUCGAUGGGUGAUGGAGGCAGACGGUCGUGCCACCCCGACCGCAGCGGGAGAGCACGUGCCAGCUGGGGAGUCUAGAUGUGAGCCCAGGAGGCAGCCCCCAGCAGCAGCAGCAGCAGCAGAGGGGCUGCCAGGAGGGGCCUCAGCUGGGCCCCCGCUGCCCAAAGUGGCCGACACCAAUCUCGAAGGAGUCGACUAAGCCUCCUCUGCCUUCUGAGGCUGUUCUUCCCGACUUUCCAUCGUCCUAACAGAUUGUCUCCUGAAAGAGGCGUUAAGGGCUGGGGACGUCUAAUGGAAGAGACUUAUUUAGAAUCAAGACAUUUUAAUAUGUUAUGCGGAGUACCUUCAGCCUUUGCUAUUUGUUCUCAACUUAUAACUGAUUUGGAGCUUUUCUAUUUAACACUAAUAGGAUAAUUUUCUCAAAUGGCAACAAAACAUACGAGUAGCAAAUUUAUAUUAAUUUGCCAUUAAGAUGGUACUUAAUUCAAUUUCUUAACAGUAAGAUUUGGUGUUUAAAGACUCCCAUCACAAUAUAGAAAUACUGAAAAUGUGAUGCUUUAUUUAUUUCCAUAGAGUUUAAUAAGUGCCAUAGUAAGUAAUGGAUGACCAGGUUCCAUUUAAACAUUAUAUACAUUGUGUGUGUGUAUAUGUAUAUGUAUGAAUAUAUACAUA